UUCAUUCCAGUGGCCUGAUUAGUGGUACCUCUGAGACUCUUAACCAAAAGGUUCUUGCCUGUCUAACUACUACAACUAAGUACUACAACCUUGGUAUCUAUUUUUCUGAGCUAGCCUUUACAGUAGGAUUAUUAAAGAUCCAGCUACCUCUCUAUUCAGGUCUUUCUAAAUAG